AUGCCUAUCAUGACUAUCAACUUUUACUACCUGCCGCCCUUGGCUCUACUGAUAGCCAUUGCCGGUUCGGCUCACGUGGUGUUGCGUGGUCCUCUAGCCAAGCUACCAGGUCCAUGGUACACAGCUUGGACAGAUGUCGUCCUUCUGUACAAGCAGGCCACAGGGAAGAAGGUCACAUACGUGGAGAACCUCCACAGGCGAUAUGGACCUGUGGUCCGCAUCACUCCCCGUGAGACCAGUCUCCGGGACCCCAGAGUCACGCGGAAGAUCUACAGCGUGAAGGGCGAGUUUCCCAAGUCCGAGUUCUACGACCGAGUCGCUUCGGGGCUGGUCAGCGUGUUCAGCACGCGUGACAUUGAUGUCCACAGACGCUUCCGCAGGCUUCUAUCCUCGGGAAUUUCGGAGUCGAGCCUGCUCACGCAUCUUCCUGUUAUCGAGGGCAAGGUAGACAUGGCCAUUCGGAGAAUGGGCGAGGAGAUGCAACGACGCGAGGUCGCCGAUGUAUUCCAUUGGUUUCUAUCCAUGGGCACCGACAUCAUAGGUGAACUGAGUUUCGGCCAGAGCUUUGAGAUGCUCGAGACGGGUGAGGAAAGCCAGUAUAUACGGGACUUGAAAACUCUUGCCAAGUUCAGCGGGAUCCGCGCGACAUUCCCGUUCCUGAUCAAACUGGGGCAUCAUGUCAACAUCCCAUUCAUCAAAGACGCCAUUGAGAACCGUCGUCGCACAGUUGAGUACGCCGAGCAGUCCAUUGCACGACACUAUCGAAUCGUGGAGGAGCAGGGAAAAGAAGCCAAGCCGACACUGCUCUCCAAGCUGUACAAGGCAGGCGACGACGGCAUGGCUUUCCACGAGAUUCGAGCCAAUGCUACGGCAUAUAUCGUUGCUGGAUCAGACACCGCCGCAAACACGCUGACCUACCUGGUCUGGAUGGUGUGCAAGCACGCCGAAGUCAAGGCAAAACUGGUCCAGGAGCUCCAGCAGCUCCCCGCGAGCUACGGCUACCACGAUGUGAAGUCCCUCCCCUACCUGAACCUAGUUAUCGACGAGACUCUGCGCCUCUACUCGGCAGCGCCCGCCGGGCUCCCUCGCGACGUGCCUGCAGGAGGUGCGGAAUUUCUUGGUUACUACAUCCCCGCCGGCUACACGGUCAGCACCGGCGCUUACAGCAUGCACCGCAACCCAGCAGUCUUCCCAGACCCGGAGAGGUUCGAGCCCUCGCGAUGGGCGGACCCCACCCGGGACAUGAAGGACUCGUUCGUGCCGUUUGGAGGGGGUAGUCGGAUAUGUCUAGGUAUCCAUCUCGCCCGCAUGGAGCUACGUCUCGCCGCAGCCCGCUUCUUCAAGACCUUUCCAAACGCUCGGGUAUCGACGGCGGAAGGGUUUUGUGAUGAGGACAUGGAGCCGGAGAUGUUCUUCUUGCUGUCGCCAAAGUCGAAGCGCUGUUUGGUUGAGGUGUCUUAA